UGACCUUUUGAUGAGUUGUAGGUCUCUGUGGCUAUUUAAACGUUAGAGAAUUGUCCUCUUAUUAACAAUCUGGUCUGGUUCAGGCAAGUUAAGCAGGUAGAGAAUGCAAGCACUUUGCAAAAGAAGAGCUCCAACCGAAGAGACCAUGGCACUUGGCAAACAACCUGGGCUGAAAUCAUUAUUUUCCCUGUCUCAGUUAGUUUUGACUUCAGGACAACUGGGGCAGGGUGUGAUACAAAAACAUUCGAGAGUUUCUUACUUAGAGGUGGAAAUUCUUGAUGCUCGGACAAAGAAGCAGAUUUGCAUCCUUGAAAAGAUCCUUCCUUCGUUUACCAUUGCUGAUGUUAAACACAAGUUUUACAAAAUUUGUCCACAGUGGUAUCCUUCACGAGUUGGCUUACAGCUUGAAUCCAAUGGUCCUCCAUUGAAGGAAACUAAAGUCAUUAAGAACCUUGCAACCUCCUCCAUUAUCACAUUAUACUUCAGAGAUUUGGGGACUCAGGUAAACUGGACCACGGUUUUUCUAACAGAAUAUAUCGGGCCCCUCUUAAUCUACCUGUUGUUUUAUUUUCGCUUGCCACAUUUGUACGAUAUGGAGGAUAAAAACUAUUGGAGCCGCCCACUUGUGGUACACUUAGCUUGCCUCUGCCACUCUCUGCAUUACAUCAAGCAAAUCCUUGAAACUCUCUUCUUGCACAACUUCUCUGAUGAGAAUACUGCCCUGAAGAUGAUGCUGAAGGGCUGUGCCUUUUACUGGGGAUUCACCACAUGGAUGGCUUAUUACAUCAAUCACCCUCUCUACACACCUCCCAGCUUUGGUAACAGACAAAUCAUUCCAGCCUUGGUCUGUUUCCUGGUCUGUGGAGCAGGGAAUUAUUUUACAAACGCUGCUAUAAUCCAGGUGCAUAAAGCAGGUACCAAGAAUCAUAUUGUCAGACCAACAUACAAUCCCUUCACAUGGCUUUUCAAACUGGUCUCCUGCCCAAACUAUACAUAUGAGAUGGGAGUAUGGAUUAGCUUCACUGUUAUGACCCAGACAUUUCCAGUUGCCGUCUUUGCUCUGAUGAUCUCUCUCCAGCUGAUAAUGUGGGCUCAAAGGAAACAUUACAAAUAUCAAAAGGAUAUUAAAAAUUAUCCCAGUUACAGAACCGCUUUGAUCCCAUUUGUACUGUAAACUCCUGACUUCAGUGCAUCUCGACUUUUGUACAUUGAGGUAAAGAGAGUGAAAGUUCAACUUCAAAGAAAAUAAAUGGAAGAUGUGGAAAGAUGGUGACCCACCUUUCACUGACUUGUACUGUUCCACAAGCUCAAGACCAAAUGAGGUAUCCCUGUUGUGAAAACAGAGAUGGUCAGUACGUCUGUGGCAGCACGAAAUAUGUAAACACAGAAAACUUUGUUGACAUAAGGAGGCAUAAAUUGCUGAAGAGUCGAUGAAAGUAAAUUUACUCUGAUUAGAUUCUGAAGACAAAUAUGGCCAGAAAUUGUCCACAGAUGUCAGGACAGUUUGAUUACUCUUGUUAAUCAUGAUUGAAUGAGUUGCAAUGAAACUACAGUACAUCCUACCAACUAGAAUCCUUGGCAUGCUUUUAUAUGACUUGAUUUACCCUGUUAAUAGGCAUUGAUCUUGUGAUACAGUAUAUCUAAGGAGGGUAAUUUAUGUCAAAUUGACAUUAUUCCAAGUCCUGAUUCUAUCCCAUCCUGACAAAGAUGCAAAAUCUCUCUGCACCUGGUAGUGAUGAAUUCCUGGAUGCUCCCUAAAGUUUAUUUCUCUCUCCCUGAGGAAAGAAAGAACUAAGAAAGAGAAAAAAUAUAUAUAGUAAAAUACUCACAACACCUCUAGAAACAACUCCUAACCUUUAAAAUUAGACUGGACAAUUUAAAUUAUUAAAUGUAUCAGUUUUUGUAAGAAUGAAUUCAAUAAUAGAGUGAUGCAAAUAAUCCAGGAACUGUUGGAGAUUUUCUAACCACAGGGUAACACUUUCUUGCCACUGCUUACUGGACAAAUUACACAUUCAUAAUGGAGAUCAUACAAUAUUUUAAUUUUCAGUUGGUUUUGUGCCAUUUACAUUGUGCACCACUGCCAAUUCACAGUCCCAACAAAAUGAGCAUGAGCACCAAUCCAAUUAAAGAUAUUGCUCUGAGAUGCUCCAUUUCAGCAAAUUCUGGCUCAGUAUCUUUCCUACUGGGGACCAUUUCAUUUCUAUCUAAUGGAACCUAUAAAUAGUGGGGACUGUGGAAAUACUCCAUGACUGGCAAAGCAGUUCUGGCUCACAGCUACCUAAGGUUUUGUUAAAUGAAAAUUCCUAGUCUUCCAGGAUUGGAUGUCGAAUUAGCAAUCAGAUGAUUCAGAAACAGUGAAGAGGUGAGUGAGCCAGAGAGUAUUGUUGUCAGCUCACACAUGGAUAUUGAUGACACAUUUUUGGAUGACGGCAAUGUGCAGAAGCAAGAAUGAAAGAUUAAAGAUAGGUCAUUGGAAAAUUCCCUAGAGUGUCAAUGGUCUGAUUCUCUGGCUAUGACCGGAUGGUUAUGAUUGGAAUCUUGCAUCUUUUCAGUGGAAGCGCGAUUCGAAAAGGACUCGAUAUCCAACUCUAUCCAAUGUACUGGUCAGUUGAGAAUGAUUAUCUUUAAUAUAUUCACAUCGGAUGCUGCUUGACAUUUUGGCUCAGUCUGCAUUAGACUGUGGCAGUGUGGAAACCUAAUAAGAGGGUUUCAAAUACGCUCGGUAGAGGGGAUGAAGAGAAUAUCUGUGAUAGAGUGAAAUAAUGUUAUUUAUUUGGUAAAUCUGUCUGCAAAGCAAUAGACACUGUAGAAUGGAGUGACACUAUAAUCCACUAGACCAAAUCAAUGUAGUCCAACCCUCUCACAGCAAUGGGGGUGGUAAUUUACAUUAAAGAACAGAAGAAAGGACCUUUCCUUCCUCUGAUGCUGAUAUGAUAAUUACAAACCAGCCUACAUUGAGACUUAUUCUUCUUAGCUGCUUGCACAGAAAGUUGUCAUUACGAAGCUAGUUUCUACCAAUGUUAUUUGCCCUGUAUAUGCUCUACAACUAGUCUUGAACCUAGCUAAACUACUUUAGUACAGUUACCGACAAUGUGACUUAACGUCCAGAACGUCUAUUCCAGAAAUGCAGCCUGAUUCACAGUAGAGCUAUUACAAUCCCAUCAGAAGGAUAGAAAGACCCAUCAUCUGUGCUAUUUAGUGGCAUUCAGUCAAAGUUGACUGCUCGGUGGGUUCAUUACAACCAAAGGGCAGAAUAUAUGCAUUCUGAAAGUCAGAGAAAGUGCAGAGGAAAUUUACAAGGACGUUUCCUGAGUUGGACACCGUACCUUAUGAGAAUAUGUUCCGUGAACUUGGCCUUUUUUCCUUGGAGUGAUGGAAAAUGGGAGGUGACCUGAUAGAGGUGUAUUAGUUGAUGAGGGGCAUUGAUCGUGUGGAUAGUCAGAGGGUUUUUCCCAGGGCUGAAAUGGCUAACACGAGGGGGCAUAGUUUUAAGGUGCUUGGAAAUAGAUACCAAGGGGAUGUCAGGGGUAAUUUUUUCAUACAGAGUAUAGUGGGUGCGUGGAAUGCACUGCCGGUGAAGGUGGUGGAAGUAGACACAAUAGGGUCUUUUAAGAGCCUCUUCGAUUGGUACAUGGAGCUUAGAAAAUAUAGGGCUAUCCACUAGGGAAAUUCUAGGCAGUCCCUAGAGCAGCUUACAUGCUCAGCACAACAUUGUGGGUCAAAGGACCUGUAAUGUGCUGUAAGUUUCUAUGUUCUAUGUUCAAUACUAUCCUAAAUAUUUCAUUAGAUCAGCAAAUCCCAUCUGAAAACUAACUUCCACAGUAUUUUACAACCAACCUUUGUACCACCUCUCUCUGAUCUUCUACAAAGACGGUGCUGGUAACACACAGCGAUGCUCUGCAGCAGCAAACAAAACUACUAACACGUCUACUAAAUAUACCUUUUCGGGCUUACGAUCAUUACGCUCCGCAGCCUGUAACUUCACAAUGGGAGGCGUGCUUUUGUACCAUCAGUGUGAUUGGCAUUUUUGGGGCACCGUGAAAUAUUUUGUGAACUGGACUGUCAGGAAUGCUGGUAUGGCUGCAGCAGCAAACUUGGGGCCUGACUGCAUCUCUGGGCUGGAGUAAAGCAGCAUGACUCAGGCAUGAGAGCUGAUAAUGGACUGAAGGUUGGCUAAUUUAAGCGCCGAGCCAGAUUAAAAAGACUAAGGGUGGAGGAUGAACUGGUGUUGAGCUCACUACUUUGAGAGGCUUGACUCACCUAAGCUCUAAACCUGGCUCCAGAGCUGUGACCUCCAGCCAUGGCGCUCCUGGACCAUCUGCUGUGCUGAUCUGGCUACAUGGCUGCAGACUUACUUUUAGAGACUCUGCAGUUCAUUUUCUGUGGAUUGUUUGUUUGCUAAUUUUUAUUAUUUGCAUGAUUUGUUCUUUCUUUUCACACAUUGGAUGUAUAACUGUCGUUGUGGUGUGGGGUUUGUCAUGAAUCCUAUUGUGUUUGUUUUGUAGCUGCCUGCAAAGUGACAAAUCUCCUGAUUAUAUAUGGUAUACAUACUUUGAUAAUAAUAAUUGUGCUUUGAUUGUCAAGCUUCAGCCAGGACUACCACCUCAUCCCCUAACCUCCUGAAAUCACAAUCAUUUAGCCACUGAGAUUUUAGCUAGCCUGGACUACUUGUGAAUUCCACCCCCCCCCCCACCCUGCCAAAAUCACUUUCCUCUGCUGCUUUGCAAACACUCUUAAAACUUUUUUGUGGAUUGUGCUUUUGUCAUCUUCCACUCCAUUAGCCCAUGGGAAUGCCUUUGCGAAUUCAGGUAAGUUGAAGUUUGGAACAGAGACUCUGAAACUUGGAUAAAUUUCAUAAAUUUUCAAGAAAUAGUGGGUCAAACCCAAAAACUCCUCGGCAAUGUGACAGUCUUGCUUAAUACUUCGACUCUAAACGUAGACACAUUAUUGCCUGUAGUAUCAGCUAUAAUAAAGUUAGGAGCACAAUGACCUCUAGAGUCAGAGCGUUUGGGGUUGAAGUUCCACAUCAGAAAUAUGAAGUUAGAAUUCUAGGCUGACAGCCAUGUAAAUUAUUGACACAGACCUGCAUUGUUGGAGUGUCAGCUUUUGGGUGAAACAUUACAUUGAGACCUUGUCUGUUUUCUAAGGUAGACAUAAAAGAUUGCACAUCAUUAUUUCAAAGAAGAUUACUGUCUGAGUGAUAUUUCUCUCUAGGUCCUCAUGACAAAAACUUCAAUGGUGACGGGCAAGUACUGCUGUGGCUUUGUGACAGUAUAAAUUGAUACUGAUCAUUAUUGCAGCAACUUGUGAUUUUGAACAUGCUUCUUUUGCAACAUUGAACACAAAUGCCUCGAAGUAUUUCUUCAGGAUGUUGUAAAAGGUGCCACAUAAAAGCACCUUGUCACCUCCCUAUUCUUCUUUCAGACAAUCUACCUCCUUGACAUGUUUGUGAUCUAAUGAUCCUGUCAUUUUCUGAGAGAUUUAUCUAUGUGGAAAACCACGGACUAUUACUGCAUAAACUCCAAUGUCAAUUCAUUAUGUCACUCACUUUGUAGCACUUUCCCGUCACCCAGUCACAGUUCAGGAAGUGCUAACGAGUAAGUUACAGCAGCUGAAGAGCUCACUCUUGUUUGAAAGACUAACUGAGUGCAAAGAUCAGUCGGCAUGACUCGAUGCAGCACAGUGAAUCAGCAGAUGCUUUAUUAUUUUCUCAGUGCUGUUUAGUUUUGCAGUGGACUAGGUCAAGACACGGACAAAGUUUGAUGCCUGUCUCAGAUGAGCUGAACCAUUCAAUAGGCACACUUGGAUGCACUGUUGUCAUCUAACAUUGCAAAACUCAAGAUAGUCUGUCAAUAAAACAAAGAAGGAUGAAUUUGCACUGUUAUAGUUCAGGCUGUCGGCCAAGGCUCUGUAAGAAUGACAUUGUAGAAUGUGUGCAAUGAUCAUGGAGAAAACUUGGAAGAAAUGAAGAACAUAUUUAGUCUUGUAUUCCUGAUGAUUAACAACUACCCUGAAUGCAAGCAAGCACCACAGACACAAAGGGACAAGACUGAAAAACAAAAGGCUGCACUUGCUGGAAUUCUGGAAUAAAACUAGAAAAUGCUGGAAAUAUACAGCAAGUCUGGCAGCAUCUUUGGAAAGAGCGACUGGGAUAACAUUUCCGGUCAAUGGUGAAUGAGAACGGUGUGUACUGCCUCUGCCCAGGUAUUCUGGUAGGUAUGAGCAAUUAAUUGCGUGCUGAAGAUUGAACGCAAGCCUUUACAUGUCUGUGGCAGAUUCAGUGCUCAAUACCAUGAAAGAAUAUCUUGCACUUAGAUUCUCAGAAUUGCAACUAAACACAGUUGCAUGUUUUUUAUAGUAAUAUCCCUUUUUUCAACAUGAAAUGAUAUUCAUAUUAAAUAAAUUAUUUUACUCUUUAAAAAAUUUUUGAUCAAUUAUUUAUAACUUAAUUGAACAGAUUUCAA